CGACAAAAUGAUCUGGCCAGAACAGCCGCCCCCGUACACAAUUACAUCAACAAAGCGACUGACAGUCCCUACUGAUCUCCAAAGCCCUUUCGCUUCCUAGGCGACAAUCUUCUUCCGGGAAAAGAGCCAAAGUUCACAUUGUCACGAUGGCAGCUUUCCAAGGCGCUCUCAUUCACUCGCUUGGUCCUAAUCAAGUCGAAAUCUUGGAGAAUGCGGGCCUUGUCAUUGGAGAGGACGGACUCGUCUCCGAAUUCCAUCGCGACAUCUCCGCCGAAGAGCUAUCGAAGAAGCUGCCAAACAACGUUCGCCUUCAAAAGGUCGAAAAGGGACAGUUCUUAUCGCCGGGGUUUAUCGACACGCAUAACCACGCUCCCCAGUGGGCUAUGCGUUCCCUUGGCCAGGGCCUUCACAUCCUCGACUGGCUUGAACAAGUCACAUUCCCGCACGAGGCACGAUUCUCGGAUCCCGUGUAUGCUGCCAAGGUCUACGAAAGCUGCGUCAGAGGGUUCCUCAAGCAGGGCAUCACGACUGCCUCUUAUUAUGGAUCGAAACACGCCGAAGCGACGCAGAUCCUGGCAGAUACAUGCAAGAGACUGCGGCAAAGGGCUUUCGUCGGCAAGUGUAACAUGGACCGCAACGCACCGAGCUAUCUCCACGACGAUUCCGCAGAAUCAUCGCUGAGAGAAACGGUCGAGUGUGUAAAGCACAUCCGCCGAAUCGAUCCGACCGGAAAGCUUGUUCGCCCCGUCUUGACGCCACGCUUCGCUAUCUGUUGCACGCCAGACUUGCUAGCGGGACUGGGCAAGAUGGCAGACGAGGACCCCGAGUUGGCCAUCCAGACGCACUUCAACGAGGCCGAACAGGAGAUCAAUGCAACGCGGGAGCUGUUCCCAGAGUUCUCGAGCGAGGCAGACCUGUAUCACCACUACGGUCUCCUCACCAAGCGAUCGAUUCUGGCGCAUUGCACGUUCAUGACCGACUAUGAGAUGGACAGGAUUCGCGAGUAUGAAUGUGGCGUUGCGCACUGCCCAAUAUCGAACAUGACUGUUGGCGGAGGCUUCAUGGCUGCCUCGAUCCGCCAGUUUCUCGACAGAGGCAUCAAGGUCGGCCUCGGCACCGACAGCGGGGGCGGCUUCUCCUCGAGCAUGCUCGACAGCAUCCGUCAAGCCGUUAUAGCCUCGAACGCCCGAGAAGUCAUGUCGGGCGGAAAGGACAAGGCACUGUCUCUGGACGAAGUGUUCUACCUGUCGACCCUGGGUGGUGCCAGUGUGUGUUGUCUCGAGGAUAAGAUUGGCAACUUUGCUGUGGGUAAAGAAUUCGAUGCCAUCUGGGUGACCUGCCCGCUGGAUGAGACAUUCGGCGUCAUGACUGUGAGAGAGGAGACGGACAAUGUGAGAACGCUCUUUGAGAAAUUUCUGAUGACUGGGGAUGACCGCAACAUUGCUCGCGUCUAUGUGCAAGGCAAGCUCGUCAAAGAUACGCUGACUGCGUAAGAACAAGUGCCAAUAUAUGAAGCUUGCUUCUAUCUCAAGACAGUUUGUCUAGGAUGUCCUUGGCUGAUCUGACUCGGUGUUGUGACCAUUUAGAAACAUCGUCGCCCUUAAAUGAGGGCAAGGCGUUGUUGAUCCAACCCACUCCGAAGUCGGAAAAGCCCAGCGUGCAACAUCGCCCAAAGCAAAGGCUUGAGGCUCAGCCACUAGCGGGGGACGGACGAUGGCCGAAGUUCUCCGAUACAGCUAAGUCGAUUUGCGGAAUGUCUGC